GCGGCAUCUCAGAAGAGUUACCGCGAGAGGAUGGAGCUGCAGGCCAGCCAGGGGCGGGGCGCCUCAGGACACGCAGGCAGCCUUCGCAACAACUGGCCGACGCCCACCGCCUUCGCAAUGAUUGGCCGCUGGAGCACAAUGGUAGAAGCAGAUCGUCCUGGCAAGCUUUUCAUUGGUGGCCUCAAUAGAGAGACCGAUGAGAAAAUGCUUAAAGCAGUAUUUGGGAAACAUGGUCCCAUAUCAGAAGUUCUUUUGAUAAAGGAUCGAACCAGCAAAUGCAGAGGCUUUGCAUUUAUUACUUUUGAGAACCCUGCAGAUGCUAAGAAUGCUGCCAAAGAUAUGAAUGGAAAGUGUUUGGAUGGAAAAGCAAUAAAAGUAGAACAAGCCAAGAAACCAUCUUUUCAAAGUGGUGGUAGGUGGAGACCACCAGCUUCCUCAAGAAACAGAAGCCCUUAUGGAAGUCUGAGAUCUGCAAGAGGAAGUAGUGAAGGAAGAAGAGGGUGGCUUCCCUCCCAUGAAGGACACUUAGAUGAUGGUGGAUACACUCCUGAUGUCACGAUGAGUUAUGCCAGGGGACUCAUUGCAGUGAAAAGAGGUCCCUCUUCAAGAAGUGGAGGUCCUCCUCCUAAAAAGUCUGCUCCUUGUGCUGUGGCAAGAAGCAAUAGUUGGAUGGGAAACCGAGGUCCCAUAUCACGAAGAAGAGAGAAUUAUGGAGUUCCUCCACGCCGAGUAACAAUCUCUUCCUGGAGAAAUGGUCAUAUGUCACCGAGAGAUGAUGGUUAUGCAACUAAGGAUAGAAAUCAUCCAAGUUCCCGAGAAACUAGGGAUUAUUCUCCACCAUCUAGAGGCGAUGCAUACCGUGAUUAUGGUCAUUCUACUCGGGAUGAGCAUGCCUCCAGAGGAUAUAGAAAUCAUGGAAGUUGCCGAGAAACCAUGGAUUAUGCUCCACCACCUAAAGACGAUGCAUACCGUGAUUAUGGUCAUUCUAGUUGGGAUGAAUAUUCCUCCAGAGGAUAUAGUUAUUGCGAUGGCUACAGCGAGGCCCGUGGUAGAGAUCACUCCGAACAUGUAGGUGGAAGUUCUUAUAGAGAUGCAUUUCAGAGAUAUGGGGCCUCUCAUGGUGCACCACCUGCACGAGGGCCUCGGAUGUCUUAUGAUGGAAGCACCUGCCAUGCAUAUGGUAAUAAAGGAGAUAGAUAUGGCAGAAGUCGGGAGAGUUACUCAAGGAGCUGUGGUGAUUUUUAUUACGGCGAUCGUGAGCAUGUUUGCGGAAAAGGCCGAAGGAAUCUGCCUUCCUGCUCCUCGUGAAGCUUAUGGUAGCUCAAGUUAUGUGGCAUGUACAGUAGAUGGUGGGGAAAGUGGAUCUGCAAAAGGAGACCUAAGUAGAUAUUAA